AUGGCCAUUUUGAACUUCACCCUGAGCGAGGAUGGCGUCGUUGCGCUGCAGAACGCCUUGAGCUGUCUCUUGAAGUUCUGUGACGACGUCUCUCUCGAUGCCACCAAGGAUAAGUUUAUCCUGACGGGGCUCAACGCAACCAAGUCGGCCCACAUAUCCUUCAUCUUCAACCUGAACCGCUUCUUUUCGCGAUAUUCAUUCGAGGGCAGCGCUCAGUACAGGGACCGCUUCUACUGCAUUCUAUACAUUAGGGCAAGAAUCACGGCAACCCACAGUCUACCGUUUGAGGCAAAGGCUCCUACAAGGGUCAAGUUUGACCCUGCUGAAGCCGUCAACCACUGGACCAUCGCGUCACGCACAUUACGUCAACUAAUGGACCACUUUGGUCCUGGCAUCGACUUGCUUGACAUCCAUACCGAGGGCGAGGGUGUCGUCAACUUUGCAUGCUACACUGAGAAAGAUUACAGACUCUCAAACGAUGCCGCUAUUCUUAAAAAGCCAUUACACACCUCUAUUGCAGUUGAGAUGGAUGAGUUUGACGACAUCGAGGUUGAGGAGAAACUGCACACUAUCAUUCCAGUAAAGGACUUCAGGGCUAUUCUGCAACAUGCCACCACCACAGCGGGAGAUCUUUCCGCUAGAUAUUCCAACCCCGGCCGUCCAAUGAAACUCUACUACACCACUGAUGGCAUACUCUGCGAGUUUAUUCUCAUGACGGUUGGAGAGAGAACUCCUGCCGACCCCAAGACUCGCAAGGGCCGAGUCACAAAAACACCCAAGCCUGGUCUCGACGCGACAUCUGGCCGGGCCGCCUCAAACUCGAGAGUACCUACACAACAAGUGCAAGAACGCUCGCAAGCUCGGGAGCCCAAUGUCAUGAUGCCUCCACCCCCAACUCGGCCGUCACAAUUUGAGAUGCGACCACCGCCGGUACCGCCCCCCAUAUCAACAAUGCGAUCAGAGUCUAUGUUUGUUGCCCAAGACGAUGAUCCAAUGUGGGAGCCUGUCAAUGAGGAGGAUGAAAACGGAGAAGAAAAUGGUGCCCUGGGUUGGGAUGCAAGCAACGCGCCUAACCCGCCUACCCUACGGAUUAGCGACCGGCCUAAUCUCAGUGCUCCGUCCGAACCCCGCCGAGAGGACUCCUACGACACUGGUCUGCCCUCCGAGAUUGAGCCAACCCAGCUGCUCUCGGACGUGCGGCGGUUCGGCCUCUUCUCCUGA